UAAUCGAACUAUCGUUAGGCCACCGUUUUUUGGAGCACCUCUAUGUCACGGUCGCUUAUUUGGAUUUUAAGUGCUCAAAAGCCCCGAGUUCUAAGUCGUUUCGCUUCCGAAGGAUUUUGGCGUUUACAAAGUUUGACAUAACGUGAAAAAAUCCGUGUUGCACCUGUGCUGUUCAGCCAGAAUCGCAUAGCUUGGAAAACGUCUUCGCUGCAUUUGUGUACAGCAGGUGGUGUUGUCUCUCUUCCGCCCGAUCUGGUCACCAGCUUGCUUCAAUGUGCGAGCGAAACAACAACAAACAAGUUACAAGUUCCAACAAAAUUCCAUCUUCAUUCAAUGCUAAACUGGAGCUUGACUCCAGCAAAGACGACACCAUUCACUCCGCAAGCUUGAACAAAAAACUGGUCAAGAUUAAAAAGUUCAAGCUGGACGACAUGAAGGAGAUGGUGGGCGGCUGCUGUGUAUGUUCGGACGAGCGGGGGUGGCCGGAGAACCCGCUCGUCUACUGUGACGGCCAGAACUGUACGGUGGCGGUUCACCAGGCGUGCUACGGCAUUGUCACCGUGCCCACAGGGCCCUGGUAUUGCCGCAAGUGCGAAUCCCAGGAGCGAACCUCUCGCGUUCGCUGCGAGCUGUGCCCCUCCCGUGACGGUGCCCUGAAGAAGACGGACAACAGCGGCUGGGCACAUGUCGUCUGCGCCCUCUACAUACCGGAGGUGCGCUUCGGGAAUGUGACUACAAUGGAGCCCAUCAUCUUGACCCUCAUACCGCAGGAGCGGUACUCAAAGACCUGUUAUAUUUGCCUAGAAAUCGGCAAGCCAAAUCGGGCCAAUGUCGGCGCCUGUAUGCAGUGCAAUAAGUCCAACUGCAAGCAGCAGUUUCAUGUGACCUGUGCCCAGAGCUUGGGUUUGCUCUGCGAGGAGGCCGGCAACUAUCUGGACAACGUUAAGUACUGCGGCUAUUGCCAGCAUCACUACAGCAAGCUGAAAAAGGGCGGCAACGUCAAAACCAUUCCGCCAUACAAACCCAUUCAACAUGACACCUCCUCCGAUUCCUGUUCGUCACCCGAAAAGGAGAUCGAUUCCACCAUGAACUCGUCGGCCACAUCGGCGACGAGCAUCAAGUUUACCAGCAGCAGUGGCAGCGGAACUAAUGCCACAAGCAGUGCCCUCAAUACCAACUCCGGAGCGGGUAUCUCCGGCGGAAGUAACAGUGGCGGCGUCUCAUCGUCGUCCAAACAGCGCAAGAGCAAUGCCUCGAGCAAGUCAUCCAGUAGCAGCAGCAGCAGCUCUUCUUCUUCAUCCACGGGCAUGGCGGCCAAUGCAUCUAGUUCUGCAAACACAGGAGGCUCUGGUAAUCCACCGGCUGGAGGUAGCCUUCUGCCUGGAAGCAGUAGCAGCACCAGCAAUGUGGGAACUAAUUUAAGCAACAACCCGACAGGCGGAAGCGGAUCUACCACCAACCCGUCUAGUUCGGCUAGCGGGAGCUCCAGUGGAGCGCAUUUACCAACUGCUGGCAGUGGAGCAUCUCAAUCGACGACCAGUCAGUCAUCCGCGCCAGCUCCUAGCACGAAAUCAUCGGCUAGCAGCUCGAGCAGCAGCAGUAGCAGUUACAAGGAUAAACAUAGCAAGAGUCUGAGCAAAUCCACUUCCAGCAAAGAGAAGGAUAGCAAGGACAACGCAAGCAAUUCAGCUAACAAUAGCUUUUCGAAUUCAUCAGCCACCUCCACGUCCUCCAGCUCUUCAUCUUCUCGGGAUAAGUCAUCGUCGAAACUUUCGAAAAGCAAAGACUCUUCACAAGUGCCAAGUGGCAGCAGCACAAGCACCACCAGCAGCAUUAGCACCCAGCCCACUUCAUCUACAACGACCUCGAGCAGUGCAUCAGCAGCGACCGGCACUCAUUCGACCAGCUCGGCUUCUAGUGGCAUUAACUCCACGGCUAACUCAAGCAACGAACACUCGAACCAUGCCCAGAAUCUAAGCACCAGUGGAGGAUCGGGAAGCAUCACCGCCGGAAAGUCGCAAAUGACCAGUAAUUUGGGGCCUCAACUGAACUCCAGCAGUUCAGGGUUCGGUUCGGAGCUCAGAUCUGGAAGCAGCACCUCCAGCACAGCCCCAAACGAUUCAUCCAACUUCGGUGCUGGCAGUAAUUCAAGCUUAGACAGGGACACUUUGCCCGGCGCUGGUUCGUCGGCAAGCAAUCUGUCCGGGAUUAUCGGCAUGGGCCUGGGUGGUGUCUCGUCCACGGCAGCCACCAAUCUGACCACCAACAAAAGCGGCUCCUCGUCGUCGUCGUCCUCGACAAGUGGUAAUCCCAUAUCAACGAACCUGUCCACCAGCAGCUCAUCAUCGAAUUCGGUAUCAAAGAAACGAAAAGCUGACUCGGCAAAGUCCAGUGGAAGUGGUUCCAUCUCGGCGUCCGUUUUGGACGACAGCAAUAGCUCUUUUCGGGACAUUAUCAAGGAUGUGCAGGUCACUCUAACGCCUCUAACAGACUUUGAAAAGGAAAUCGAGAAGAGUUCGAAACGGCAACGAACUGAGCUCAGUCCACCGACCCACCAAACAUCCGCCACCGCUGAAGUGAAUGCUCCACUUUCCAGCUCAACAAGUGCAUCCAUUGCAGUAGCGGCGAGUGCUACGGCAGCGGCAGCAUCCCCAGCCACCGGCGGCAACACCUCAGGCAGCAAUGCGGGCUCCACGGGCAGUGGAAACAGCUCCGGAGGAGGCUCAGCUGGAGCACUGGGAUCUAGCAGCUAUCCAAAGACUGACUCGGCAAAGGCGAGUGGAGCAGGAAGUGGCACUGGGAGCAGCAGCAACAGCAGUACCAACAUCAGCAAGCACGGCAGCAACAUCAAGGAGAGCAGCAGCAACCAGCAGCCAGGGAGCGGAAGCAGCAGCAACGCCCCCAGCCUGUAUGUCUCCGUGCCCCUGUCAACGGCCAAUGUACCUGGAAUCAACCUGCCCGCCAACAGUAGUAGCAACAAUCCAAGCAGCGACACCCAUGCAGCAGGAUCGCGCGGCAAUGGCACUCAGUCGCAGCAACAGCAGAGCCACCAAAGCAAUCCCACUUCGAUGAGUGGUGCAUUCCAUGGCGGAGCAGCAAGCGGCAGCCCUAGCGGUGGCUCCUCGUCGGUCAUUCAACACCAGAGCGGCAAGUCGUCACCGGCGCUGGGCAACCUAGUCAGUGGCAACAGCGGCGGCAGCAUCAUCUCCGCCAGCGGCGGCAACCUAACUGCCACCACCACGGAGAGCGGUAAUCUGAAGAUCAGCUUCGAAAAGCAGACCACGCGGGUGCAGCAGCUGCAGGAGCAGGAGGCACCGCCAGCACGACGUAGCAGAUCGCGAUCCGGUGAGAGUGGCGGUAGCCAUCAUCACACCCACCACCAUCACCACCCGACCCACCACAAUAGCCACCACCAGCCAGCAGGGUCACUGCAGCAGCCACAAUCCCAGCAACAGCAGCAGCAGCCACAUGCUCUGCACUCCUCUGCCUCCGCCGCCAACGCCUCAGCCAACUCCUCCUCCACCUGCCCUCCCAAUUCUACCUCUUCGUCCACCCUGUCCAGUGGCCCUGCCUCCUCAAAUUCGAAUCCGAAAGCUCCCUCACGGUCGGGCAAGAAACGUGGUGCUGCUCCGGUCAAGAACGACGCAGCCCCGGCGACUCCAACUGCCGCCAAUCUGGCUGCAACCACCGCCGAGAAGCAGAGUCGCCACAGUUCGCCCCACUAUCGAGGCACGCCCACGCCCCCGCCACCGGGUGCACCACCUCCAGUGGUCUCCUCGCCAGUGGUAAUGCUGCAGUCCCUUUCCUCCUCCUCGAUCGACUCCCCGCCAGCCAACCCAGCAGCAACUAGUCGCAGCACUCGCAACAACACCACCACCGGUAGCAACAGCAACAACAAUCAUAACGGCGAGCAGACAUCCUCGUCCUGUUCGUCCACGUCGUCCUCCUCCUCGAGUGUUAGUUCCAGUGGUAGUGGUGGGGCUGUCGUUAAUCUGAUUGACUCGCCGGUGAACAUGUCGGCGUCUGGGAACUACCGUGGCAGCAACAUGUUGCCAGCGGCUAGUGGCAAUAGUCAGGCCAAGCCCCUGAAUAAGAAAAUGCUGCGGGCCCAGCAGACGCAGCUGUAUCAGCAGCAGCAGCAGCAACAGCAACAGCAGCCACAGUAUACACCUUCCGUUAGGUCUAGCUCCCCCGCCAAUGUCAGCUCCAACUCAGCUUCGAACACAGCCAACUUUAGCACGCACUUGCAACAGGCACAGCAGCAGCAUCAACACGAAGAUUUAGAGAUUUUGCAAUUCACUAAUUUGAAUCCCAAUCCUUCUUCCAACCCCAACACUCCGACGUCGAAACCAAACAGAACGCCCGACCUCGGCUUGGCCUCGUCCAUAUCCUCGCUGGUGCCCGUGACAACAGCAGCCCUGGCCACGCUCACCAACCAGUUGCCCCUCAAUGCGGUGUCCAGUGGCGGAUCUAGCGGCGGCCUCAAGUUCACCUACGAAAGCCAGACCACCUUGGAUGUUCAAAUGCUGCCCGUGAGCGCCAUCAAGGACUCGCCUCCCAGCUCGCCCGGUUCUGAGGUUGGACUGGCCAUACACACGGCUGCAGCGGCGGUGAGCUCCCUGAAUGCCGUCAUUCCGGCCUCGGCAACUGCUCAGCCCGGCAAUGUCCGUAAGCGGGGACGCAAGGCCAAGGACUCCACGAUAGCAGCCCAAGCAGCAGCCGCGGCAGCAGCAGCGGCAGCGGCGGCGGCGGCGGUAGCUGCCUCCAAUGCUCAGCCAGAUCUCAAGGACGUGCGCAUACUGCAGAAUGGAGCAGCCAGUGGCUCGAGCAAUCCGGCCAGCAGCACUCCCACGCCCCCUGCCACGCCGGCAGUGUCCACUCCGGCUGCCUCCACCGGAUCUAGCUCGAUAAUCACCCACACGGCCGCCCACAUGCUGGGCAAUCAGAUAAAUCCCAACAGCAGUGUGGCGCAGAAGCUGUCCGAGCAGUUGCACAUGGAAGUGCAGGACCAUUCGAUCUACACGCCGGACUCGAUGAAUUCGCAGUACGCCGGAGUGCCCUUCCCCGGCAAGCAGCGCAACUCGAGUGCCUCGACUAAUAAUGCCACACCAGCUCCGAAUCCACUGCAGUCGAUGUUCAGCGGUGGUGGGAUCAACGGAAACAUGCCGAUACCACAGAGUCUGGAGCAGCUGCUGGAGCGCCAGUGGGAGCAGGGCUCACAGUUUCUGAUGGAGCAGGCCCAGCACUUUGACAUUGCCUCCCUGCUGAAUUGCCUGCAUCAGCUGCAGAGCGAGAAUCUGCGACUGGAGGAGCAUGUGACCAGUUUGAUUGCUCGACGAGAUCAUCUGCUGGCUGUUAAUGCGCGCCUGCAGAUUCCGCUGAAUACGAUCGGCAGCAAUGCCAAGACCGAGGCGCACGGUAAGUAGAGGAGGCGCGCCUUCUCUCUCUGAACUUGGUGUCGGCAUUUGCUCGCUUCCAGCACUUAGCCUUGGAGGAGCCUUACAUCCACCACCUACCACCCACCACACAGCCACUGAAUACAGACCAAAAUUUGCGUUUAUUACGAUUGAUUUUCAAUUCUCUUAUGUUCGCAUUCAUUGUACAUACUAUAUACUAUCAGUAGUUUGUGUCGAUAGCUCUAAGUACCUUAGGUUAAGUUCCAAACUGAAUCGGUUGCAAAUGGUCGUGUAUAUAAGGAGAAUAUGUAUGUACAUAAUAGGCCACAUAAUACCCACCCAUCCA